UCAUAAAUAUGUAGUUUUUUACAGAUUUAUAGUUUUCAUUAGUUUCUAAAGGUAUGAUGGAGUGAUAUAGCGCCUAAAAUGUUAAGGUUAUCCAAGAAAAAAAUAUGUCUGACUUUUUGGACAAUUUUAACAUUAUCGUACGCGUUUUAUGCAGAGUUUUUAAUAUAUAAAUUGAAAACGGGCUCAUGGCCUUUCAUGACUUGUCGAAACAAAAAAGACUGCAUAAAAAUUCUUCUUGUAGCUGAUCCCCAGAUUAUUGGCAAUUUAAAUGAAAUAUUCCCGCCCUUGAGCCCAUUCACUAUUUUUGAUAGCGACAGGUUCUUGAGAAUAACGUACUAUUAUGCCUAUAACUAUGCUAAACCGCAUGUGGUUGUGUUUCUUGGAGACUUAAUGGAUGAAGCACACAUAGCAAAUGAUGAUGACUUCAAUAGCUACGUAAGGAGGAUAUUCAAUAUAUUCCUGAAUCCUUAUAGACUUGAUAAUAACGUUAAGCAUGUUUGGCUACCUGGGGACAACGACAUUGGAGGAGAAGACACUGAUGUAACACCAAAAAAGCUGCAAAGGUUCGAACGGGCUUUUUCCCAAUCUAGUUUUCAUACUGUCGGCAAUGUCACCCUCUUCAAAAUAAAUCGUCUAACUCACAUCAUUCCAGCAUAUAAAAAGGAGAGAGACUUCUUCGACACUAGCAAGAUAUUUGUAGGUCUGAGCCACAUACCCUUAAUGUUUCGGCCUUCCCCAUUCCCAGAGAAGGUCAUCAACAAAAUGCAGCCGCAUGUACUUUUUACUGCUCACGAGCAUAAAUCCAUGAUUAUUAGCACAGAUGCUUUGCUCCASAAAGAUUAUCACAUUGUCCCCAUUACUCCCGAAAGUGAUCAGAUUUAUGAAUACGCGUUGGGAGUUCAAAACAUGUACGAGAUUCUAAUUCCCACYUGUAGCUAUCGAAUGGGGACUAAUAAAAUUGGAUAUGGAUUUGCAAUAAUUGAGAACAACGAACUGAGAUUUACUAAUUUAUGGUCACCUAGUCGUUUCGAACACUUAGCUGUGUACUUAAUUUUAGUUGUACUACCUGUAUUGUUGUUUUCCUUUUAUAAAACUGUCGGCUGUGUGAAGACUAGGAGUUUAAGAUAUGCAAAUAAAUAAGUUGGAUUAUU